UUUCUACAAAAUCCUCAUUAGGAGCUAUGACUCGUCAAAGUUCGUCACAAUGUUAAGUCUAUGGGAUUUUUCGCCCGAUUUUACACCCGAUCACCUGCAUAUCGUGCCGAUUGCCUGAUUCCGUGGCCGAUCCUGAGCUUCACCAAAUUGUCACAGAGGUUCAGCUUCACAGCAGGAACCACUCCAAGUCGUGUAAAAAAGGGAAUUUAUUAUGUAGAUUCGGGUUCCCUAAACUACCGAUGUCUAGCACCACGAUCACUCGUCCGCGACCACAGCGUCCUGAAGAAGAGGAUGACCCGGACGCUUCUUCGUCAGUAAGCUGCAUGUUCGCAUCUAAAAACGCGAUCGCUCGUCCACAACCACAGCGUCCUGAAGAAGAGGAUAGACAGAAAGACAGAAAGAAGGCGAGACAGGAGGCUGCUCAAAAAGCAAUGAGCGAAGCCAGGCUAAAACUUAAACCAGUGUGGGAUUUGUUGAAUGAUCCCCAAGCCUCCUUUGACAGCUUGUCAGAGCUUCUGACAAAAUGUAACAUGACCAUGAAAGAGUACGAAGACAACGUUGAGGCACUGUCCACUGCCAACGUGGUUUUGCUGAAGCGUGAUCCAAAGGAGUCUUGGGUGAAUGGAUACAAUCCUGAUUUGUUGAGGGCAUGGAACGCUAACAUGGACAUUCAGUUCGUUCUUGACCCUUUUAGCUGCGUCAUGUAUAUGUUAUCGUAUAUUUCUAAGCCGGAGCAUGAAAUGAAUGAGGUACUGAAGAACGUAAUCAAGGGUGUGCGCGAAACUAACGUUAAUGAGGAAGACGAAAUGAAGCACAUAAUGCAGGCCUACUCCAAACACAGGCAAGUAAGCGCUCAGGAAUCGGUUGCACGAACAUGCAGCUUACCAUUGAAGAAAUGUUCACGAAGCGUUGUGUUUAUACCGAUGGAUGACGAUGCGCUGAAGAUGAGUCUUCCCCUUAGUGCCCUCCAAAACAAAGAUCCCGAUUCAGAGGAUGUCUGGAUGUCAGGGAUAAUAGAUAAAUAUAGAGCAAGGCCACAAACACCCGAGUUUGAAAAGAUAUGCCUGGCAGAUUUUGCUUCGGAAUACCGUAUUGUGUAUGGUCAGCAAACAAAAGGUAAAAAUGUUCACCAGCUGCUCAACGGUAUGGGAUUUUUUCAGAAACGAACUGUUGGUAAGGCUGCAGUUAUUAGAUAUGCACGGUAUUCGGAAGAAAAACAACCUGAAAAGUUUUACUGUAGAUUACUUAAGCUUUACAUGCCACAUCGCUUCAAUGCACAGCUAAAACCUCCUAGAUUUCCAACGUAUGAGCAGUUUUACAAAUGUGCAUCUGUGGAACUUCCUGCACACCCUGGUCUCCUGAUACCUGUCCGUGCUGUAGUGCAGGCACACAAGGAGAAGUUCGAAAAACACAGUGACGAAGUGGAUAAGGCAUUAGAUCAGCUGCAACAGCAAGGACCACCUGAAAACGCUUGGACGGCAUUUGCACCUGAAAUUGAAGCGGAUCGUUUGGAGUGCAUUGCCGAACGAGAAGACAUCGAUCCAGAUGAUGAGGAUGUACAAGAUGAUGUCCCAGAGUAUCAGAUUCUUGAACACGGAGAUGGAGUUGUUCCACAAGUAGAGGCACCGCAGCUCAGUAUUGAAUUUGUUCGGAAGCUGUUUAGAAGUCUAAAUGAGACACAGGCAGCCAUAUUCUACACUGUCUGCCAUUGGUGUCAGAAACGUGUGUGGGGUCAAAAUCCAGAACAGUUUUUUUAUUUCUUAUCAGGCGGAGCUGGUUGUGGCAAAUCGCAUGUCAUCAAGUGCAUAUACACGGAAGCGACCAAGAUUCUGCGACAGCUGCCUCGACUGCGGGAGGAGGGGGAUCUCUCCGUGCCUACAGUGCUCUUGAGUGCGUUUACUGGAACGGCAGCUUUCAAUAUUUCCGGUAAAACUCUGCACUCCAUUUUAAAACUUCCAAGGAAUCUAAAGCCACCAUAUCAAGGACUUGGAAACGCCCUGGAUGAACUGCGAGCAAGAUUACGUGACGUGGAAAUUCUUAUCAUUGAUGAAGUGUCUAUGAUUUCGAAGGAUCUUUUUGCUUACAUCAACUGGAGGUUUCAGCAAAUCAAAGGCAGCAAGAAACCUUUCGGGGGCAUCUCUGUCCUCGCCGUUGGUGACUUUUACCAACUGCCACCUACCGGUAAAGUCAAACCACUCUGUGUCUACGAAGAAGAUGUUUUGGACUUCUGGAAAGAUCAUUUCCAAAUGAUUACCCUCUCAGAGGUUAUGCGUCAGAAAGAAGACCUUGCUUUUGCCCAGCUUUUGAACAGACUACGAGUGAAGAAGAAGACCGAAGAUCUUGGCGAAGAAGAUAGAGCUUUGUUACUCCAGGCUGUGAAGGAUCCCAAAGACUGCCCGUGUGAUGCACUGCACGUAUUUGCCACCAACAAGGAAGUUCACGGACACAACACCGAGACAAUCCACGCUCUUCACACUGACAUCAUAACCAUUGAUGCCGAAGACUACAGAAAAGACCCAAGAACAGGAGGGAUGAAGAAACAAAAGAAGCCUGUCAUCGGAAAAAAGGACGACUUGCUUGACUCCAUAGAAAUUGCAGUGGGAGUUCGUGUAGUGAUAACUAGGAAUCUGGACGUUGAGGAUGGAGUCGUUAAUGGAUGUUUUGGGAAAAUUGCACUUAUCGUCACUAAAACAGUAGAUGGAAUAGACACCGUUAAAAUGUUAGGGCUUCAGCUUGACAAUCCAAACGCGGGUAAGAAACACCGCAGAAAGGUGCAAGGUGAAGAAGACGACUUAGUUUAUAUCGAGAGAUCCGAAGAAAGUCUAAGGAAAGGAGCAGUUCGUCGUCAAUUUCCUAUUAAGUUAGCUUAUGCCUGCACAGCUCACAAAGUGCAAGGCAUGACAAUGCAGAAUGCCGUAGUGUCACUGAAGAAGAUUUUCGAGCCAGGAAUGGCCUAAUUUGCACUUAGCAGAACGACAUCGCUUCGUGGGUUACACAUUACUGACUUCAGUGAAAAGAAGAUUUAUGCUGAUCCUGCAGUCACCGCCUCGUUACAAAACAUGACAAGAGCGACAUUGACAGGAAUCAUGCCACUUUUGCAGCACAUUAGGGAAACUGACAUAGAUCAAACAUUUAAAAUAAUUCAUCAUAACACAGAAGGACUGGCAGCCCACAUUGAAGACAUUAGAUGCCAUCAUGAGCUGCUACUAGCAGACAUUUUUUGCAUAACGGAAACUCACCUGACCGGAUCAUCCAUUACACCCCUUCUCCAAUUGGACGGAUACAACUUGUUUAUGCGCAACAGACAUGUCUCCUACUCGACACAUCAAGAGAUCGCAAAUAAAGGUGGAGGUGGAGUCGCGAUAUAUUGUAAAGAGCAUAUUUCAGCUCAGGCUAGGCAGUUUAUACAGAACGUAACCGAUCUGGAGUUUGUCGUCAUCAAAAUAGAUAGUCCAAUCAAAGCAACCAUCGCUGCUGUGUAUAGGCCGCCACACUACGGUUUCGAAGAUUUCAUGAAGAACUUGAAGAGUCUGCUGGAUUAUUUGGACAUCGUGGAUGAACAGGUCAUCGUGUGUGGCGACUUCAAUGAGGAUCUCUUAAGUGCAGGGGAAAAAACUGUUCUGGAAUUAUUUCGAUCGAAACGAUACACGCAACUGAUCACCACAGCAACGACUAAAAAGCACACUCUACUGGAUCACAUUUACAUCUCUCAUCCGGAUUUGUGUCUUCAAUCGGUUGCAGGAAGAUUUUGGAGACAAUAGCAGUCCUCUCCAACACUGGAUAUGAGUGUGCAAUCUACCAUCUAAAGCUAAGUGUUAAAAGAUCUCACUUCAGUCACUACUACUGCACACGAUAACCACAUUUAAAGGAAUAUUUUAAUCUAAUUUUGAUUUUGAUGUUUUGAAGUCAGGAUGUCUGAGAAGAUCAAGUGUGCUACAACACUGAUGAUGAUGAUGAGCUGGAUACCAGCUUAUGUGCAAAUUUCUUUUAAGGACGGGACCAGAUGUGUUUGGAGUUGAGGACAAUGCUGAAGACUAAAGAAGCAAAAGAAGCAUAUUAAAUCACUGAGGGUGUCCAGCCUGUUUGCCAUGUCAGAUCCAGUGGCUAGAUGGCGGGAGAUGCUUCAUUACACCACGGAUCGCAUCUAAUCAUUGGAUGAUCAAUUAAUAAAAUUUAAUAUAUUUAUAAAUUAUCUUAUUAUCAUAUUAAGUAAUUGGCUUCAAUUUAAUAUUUCAUAUAUUAGCUUAAAUAAGAAUGUUAUUAUAAUGUGUACGCCAUGCCAGAGGAGGAUGGGUUCCCCCUGAUGAGUCUGGUUCCUCUCAAGGUUUUUUUAUCUCCUUAAGAGUUUUUUUCUUGCCACCGUCGCCACUGGCUUGCUCACUGGGGGUGUUGUGUCAAAUCCUGUGUCCUUUUAGGGUCCCUGCCAAUCAGGGUUUCCAAAACAACAGUUUGCGAGUCGAUGAAUAUUUUUUUAUUAAUUAAAUCAUAAAAAUUUAAAUAAACAAGGCUCCACAAUUAAUUUGAGAUAAAAGUGAAAUCAUGUUAUGUCUUAGUCACUUGCGAUAAAGCAGUAAGCCCUGUGACACCAUGGUUUACAGUGCUUUCAGAACUGCUAAGGGGCGUUGUUAAAAGCCCCUCUGGUUUUCUGAAAUCACAGGGCUUAUGGGCUUAUUCCUUUUAAAAAUACUUACACAGUAAUAGACAGAAUCAUGGACAGUAAUUGAGUAUUUUACAAGGGCUUUGAAUGCAACAUGCACAAGGUUCACUUUAUUUAUACAAUAAUUUAAACACUUUCACCAGUAUUCUGCCAAAAAUAUAAACUUGAAGGAUAUUGUGUAAAACAAGUUAACAAAUAAGUUUUAUAUAUAUAUAUAUAUAUAUAUAUAUAUAUAUAUAUAUAUAUAUAUUCCCCUAGUAAAAUUGUAUUGCAACAGUAAAGUACGUGAAAGUGAAGAAAUUAAAACAAAAAUUAGUAUUGUGUAAAACAAGUUAAGAUAUAUAAUUUUCUUUAUUAGUGCAAUUUUAUUAUUGCAACAGUAAGGUAUUUAUGUUUUUAUUUUUAUAAUCUUGGAGUUAAUGCAGAUAUUAGAUCAUUUUAAUAUGAAGUUAAAAUAUUUAAAUGUGAGCUAGUACGACAUUAUAGGGUGGGAUUUGGCACAACAGGCGUUUUCUAAAUCUUUUAAUAAACAUUUUGGUUGAAUUGGCA